AUGCCAGCGACAACGAUCGUUUUAAGUUCCAAUCAGCGUCGUGCGCUAGAAACACCAGUCUUCAGUUCAAUCCGACUUCACAGAUACCAGAUGACGACUUUGUUGCAGAAAGUAUUUACGCCAUUUAUCUAUAAAUUUAACGUUUUUUUUUUUAUUUAUUAUUAUUUCAGGCUGUGUUUGUGUUUAGUUUUGCUCUUUGGGAUUUCUGAGGGUUUCAAGUUUUUCCAAACAAAGAUUCCAAAUGGUGAUUCCGUACCACAUCCCUGUAAGCCAAAUUAUCUCUGGCACGGGGUAGGUCACAGGAACGAACUUGGAGGCGGAUCAAGAAAUCCUUUUGGCGAAGAUUUUGAUGCUGCCGGAAAGACAUGGACCCCCGAGUUGUGUCGAAAAGACUCGGACGAAGACGGCAAAAGUAAUGGAGAAGAACUUGGAGAUCCGAACUGCGUGUGGAAGGAAAACGCUAUUCCGGAUAAGAACGCUUUCUCACAUCCUGGAGUAUGUGAACCUUAUGACAGUGACAUGUGUCGAGCAAAAAACACGUGGGUGGAGUGCGACCUACAGCCAUUUCAAUGUGACGCCAUAAACCAACCAGAAGUAAAGAAUGUCACUCUAAGGUACCCACCCACCCCGGUGCCCAGUUUGGAGACUAACUACUUCUGCAUGAUCUUUGAACUUCCCCGAGAUGGCGAUUAUCACAUGAUUGCCACCGAGCCAUACAUUGACAAUGAAUACGUCAUGCAUCACAUCCUUCUGUUUGGGUGUGAAACAUCAGUUACCGAGGCAGAAUCGGUUCCCACUUCGUGCGGUAUGGGAUCGGGGAAUUGUCGGACGAUCAUCGGGGCUUGGGCCGUGGGUGUCAAGGGUGAGUGUGCACAUGACGACGUGGGAUUUCGGAUAGGACAACAAGGCUUCAAAUACGCCAUGAUGCAGUUUCAUUGGAACAACGUUGAACGUCGCUCUGAUUACGUAGACAGUUCUGGAAUGACGCUGUUCUAUACUCCAAACAGACGCCCUAACGACGCCGCCAUCAUGAUGGUAGGUCAGGAGUACCUGGAAAUCCCACCCAGUAAAGAGCGCGUGGAGGUGGAAGCCGUGUGUAGUGCAGACGAUACGUGGAUGGCUCUUUCAGGCCCUGUUUACGUCACAAGGGCCCUCAAUCACAUGCAUUACUUAGGACGAGAACAGUACAUGGAUCAUUACAGAAAUGGAGUCAAAGUCAACAGUUUUACGAAUGAGCCCGACUACAGCUACGAUCGACCUAGAUUUCUAGAGUACAAAACCUCCAUUGAAAUAAAGCCAGGCGACGAAAUUAGAACCAAAUGUGUGUUUAAGUCUUCAUCGAAAUCCGUAACUACCUUCCAAGGCGACGCAACUUCCGAUGAGAUGUGCUUCGGUUUUCUCACAAUUCAUCCGAUCACGAAUGUAAGAGUUCCGUAUUGCACAAGCUGGAAAAGUAUUUCUUCCUUAAAAAUUUACUCGAACCAAGUUAUCAACAACUGCGAUAGAAAUAUCUUCUCAAAUGCCUCUCAUCCGGAUAUGAAGGAAAUCUACCAAAAGAUCAAUACUCGCUGUCAGCCAUUAUCAAAAUGUUUAGAGGAAUGCAAGGAGGUAGUCAAAGAAAUCAAACUACAUCCUUGUAUGGAGGGCGACGUUGGUGAAGCUUUGAAAUGGAUAGCGAGAACAUCCCAAGACGUUGAUGUUCUUACGUUCUACUCAAAGAUCGAGUCAUGUGACCUCGAGCUACUGCGAGAAGAAUUGGCCGCACAGAUAAACAAAGAUACAAAUGGCGGAUAUAACGCUGUUCCACGGCUAUUCACCCUCAUUUCGUUGUUGUUAGUUUUCUUCCUGGUGUAA